GACAGAUGCAGAUUCAACUGCGACUUUUAAAAGACAAUUGUAUCAUUUUUAGGUGGUGGUGGAGUUUGAAAGAAAGGGUACGGAAAUCAAAGAGGUGAGGGGUGAGGUGCUGGGCGAGGAACCCUUGGAGGACUAUCAGACAAGAUGGACCAUAUAGCCUUCAGCGGUGACACUAUUGUACUGCUGUGGAGAAGUUACGGCAACACGCAGCACUGAAGAUGCCCGCCAUUCGGCCCAUCGAGACUUCAGAAGCAGGACCCAACCAACCUCUGCCCUGCCCACUUUCUUAGUAGGCCUGAGCCUUAUUUCCAAUUUCCCUCCUUUCCCAACCGGGCUUUACCCCGCCCCCCCAACAUCUCUCGUAAAUCUCGGUCCAGUGGAUCAAUUCUGCCGUGGGAAGGGAAGAAGAGAUUCAAUCCCCACCCCAUACUUAAAGUGUAUCCUCUGAUUGCUGGGCCUGGAAGGUCAGGGUUGGGAAGACUGCCCGAUGUCUGCCUGCACUCACCCAGCAGCAGGUUGAGCAGCACUUCGUGUCCAGCAGUGCUGUCGCUCUUGCACAGACAGUACAAGGUGCCUCCUAUCCAGGGGAUGGCGUGGCCCGUCACCUCGAUCAGCUUCAUGAUAGGCCGGGCGCUGCCCCAGGCCGAAUCCUCGGUGGCGCACACCCCCAGACGCUUGGAGAGCCACAGGUCGACGGCCAGCAGCGAGCGCAGGGCGAUGCCGAGCAGGGACGGGUUCAGCUUCAUGCAGUCCUCCUCGGGCUGGGGACAGGGGUAGGUGCCGGAGGCCGAGUCCGGGCGGAGGCCCGCCGCCUCCAGCUGCUGCACUACCCGGUGCCGAGGCGACGGGGGUUCGGGGGUAGCCGCUCUCUGCAGGAGGCCUAGAGGCCUGCCCCCACCUCCGCCGCCUUUCGGCUCCCGCUCUCGGUUCCGGGAGUUAGGGGAGUGAACCGGCAUCUUUCCAAGUUCCCCCCGCAAUGCGCUGUCAGGGGAGGAGCGGAAGCGCCGUCGCCAAGGCGCCCGGGAGGGGGCGGGGCCGGCUCCCUGGCAACAAGCGCGCCGCCAGAGUGCAAACCACUUGGAGCAACACGAGGCUGUGUCAGCACUGAAUGAACUGCAGCAACAGACCUUCAUGGACUCGUAUUGAAUGCUCGGCUACAACAGCCCUGCAUGUAAAUAAAGUGUGGCCUGCGUGCGUUGGUAUUAAAUGAGCUGCAGCAAAAAGGCCUGCAUGUGCUUGUAUUGAAUGAACUGCAGCAAUCGUCACUGCAUGUUCUUGUGCAGAAUAAACUGCAGCAACAGCCCUGCAUGUGAAUAAACUGCCACCGUAGACCUGCAUGUGCUGGUAUUGAAUGAACUGCAGCGACAGCCCUACGUGUGAAUAAACUGCAGCCGUAGACCUGCAAGCACUUGUAUUGAACAAACUGCUGCAACGGCCCUGCAUGUGAAUAAACCGCAGCCGUAGACCUCCAGGUAUUAGUGUUGAAUGAAGAGCUGCAGCAGAUCUGCGCGUAAUUGGUAUUGAAUGAACUGUAACAAUAGACUCAUAAAUACUAUAUUGAAUGAGAUGUAGCAACAGACCUGCGUGAAUGAACUUCAGCAACAGGCUCGCAACCAUUGGUGUUAAAUGAACUGCAGUAUUAGACUUACAUUGUUUUGGUUUUGAUUUAAUUCCUGCAGCAAAUCUGCAUUUAUUAACAUUAAAUGAACUACUUCAGAUCUGCAUGCAUUGGUUUUACACGAACUGCAGCAACAGACCAAUACACAUUAGCACUGAAUCAACUGUUGCAUCAGGCCAGCAUACAUUGGUUAUUAAUUGAACGGCAGCAGACCUGCAUAUACACUGAAUAAUCUUCCGCAGACAUGCAUCAUUUAGCAUUGAGUGAACUACAAAAGCAUACAUGCAUGUGUCAGUGUAGAGUGAACUGCAGCAUCGGAUUUGUAUAAAUUAGAAUUGAACGCAUCACAAUACAUAUUCCCAAUGAAUAGACAAAACAACAGUUUACCAUUCUAACAAAUCUAUAUGUAUUGCAUUGAUUACACUGCUGCAUAGGACCAUAUUGAGUAUAUGCUUAAUUACAAUGCAGCUUUGAGUUUGCACUCUCACUUUUUCUUACAACACUAUAUGCACAAUGCUUAUGUUACUUCCAGAACACUGAAAAAAGGAAAAACAAGCUUGCAUUGAAAUUGUACUUUCCACGAUCUUGGAAAAAUGCUCUCUCGUCAUUGGGAUCAAUAGAUUUUAAAGGAAAUAAAUGAACAAAUUGCAAGUGCUUUGCCAUAAUCAUUUGAAGUUCACUCAGUUCAAGAACUGCCUUUUCAAAUUGAAAAAUUGCAAAUGUAGUACUGUUAAAUAUGAAAGGCGACGAAGAGAAACCAGGGAAUGAUAAACCUGACAUCUGAUUUGGGGAGAUUACAGAAUCCGUAAUGAAUUGCAGAAUUAUCGUGUGUUCAGAGAAAUGUGAUUGAAUGCAGCCAACAUUAAUUAAUAUAGAAUGGAUCACAUCGAACAAACCUCAUUCAAUUUUUUUGAGAAUUUAUAACUGAAGUUAUAGACAGGGAAAUGUCUAUGCAUGUAGUUUAUAUGGACUUCCAGAAGGGUUUCGGUAAAGUUCCAUGCCAAAUAAGAGUCAGCUAACAUUAAGACUCAUGGAAUUGAAGAAAAUUACUUUGUUUAGGAGAUUGUUUAGGUGGUAGUAGGCACAAUGUCAAUGGGUAUGUACUCAAACUGGAAGAAAGUGAGUAUUGAUUAACUGUUGGGUCCGAUGUGGUUAUGUGUGAUGUCAUCCAAUAUGGAUGAAAUAAAAGGAUAGAUCUGAGUAGUUUUGAAAUAGUGAAACAUUAGGAAUGUGGAGAUUCAAAGAGGUUCAGGGGUUGACAUACACAGAGCACUAAAAUAUGAUGGUCAGAUACAAAACAAUUAAAAAAGCACAUGGAAUGCGGUUGUUGUAUUCUAGAAAAUUUGAAUAUAAAAGGUGGAAAUUUAAACAGUCAUACAAAGUCUAGUUGGGCUUUUCCUGGUGUAUUGCUGUGCUGCGUUCAUACCAUGAAAUUUAUAUACUGGCUUUGGAAAGGCAGGUUCAGCAGAAUAUUACCAUAGGUUAGGCUAUUAGGACAGAAUAGAUAUAGUACACUCAUAAUGCGUAGAUUGUAGAAGGUUAAAUAAUGAUAUAAUGUUUUUAGAACUUUGAAAGGAGUGGCUGAGAAAAUCUAUUUUCUGCUGUCGGAGUCAAGGUCACAGGGUUAUGACUUAUAAAUCAGAGCCAGGUCAUUCAGGAGAACAGUUAGUGACAUGCUUUUGUGCAGGGCAGGUCAAGUCUUACUUUUGAUUGAAUUUUUCGAGAAGGUGAUGAAGUUGAUCGAUGAGGGCAGAGCAGUGGGCAUGCAUUUAAGGUGAGGGGGAGAAAGUUCAAAGGAGACGGUGAGGGGCAAGUUUUUUUUACACAGAGUGGUGGGAGUCCGGAACGCAUUGACGGGGUGGUGUCUGAUGCAGAUACGAUACGAGCAUUUAAGAGACUUUUAGGUCUAGCUGGGAACUUCCUGAUUUGCGAGAAGGCAGGGUUAAAGCUAUUAGUGAUUCUGAUGGAGUGAGCUAUCCAUGGUAUGGAAACACCACCGAGACAGUGACUUUGGUUGGCCCCAUCAACAAGGCGUCUCGGUUUUUAGUCAGUAUGAAUGACAAUUUUUACCCGAGUGUAACAUGGGCGGUCCCAGUGAGUGACAGCAACGUGCCGCAACUAACCAGGAUUAAAAGAGACCAAAGUUUCACCACCUGGCUGGUAGCCAUGAAUACAAUCAGCAAAGAGAAGAUUUUACUUCAGACAAUCAAAUGGAGGAUGCGGGUUGACAUAGAAGUUGACCCGUCGAACCCGUUGGGCUAUCGCGCUAAGCUUGUUGGAAGGACACAGCAGGAGCAGCCUCGGAUAUUAAGCAGGAUGGAGCUCAUACCGCCCAAUGCCUUGGUGAAGCCCAACGCAAACGACGCCCAGGUUUUAAUGUGGAGACCCAAACGUGGUGUACCUCUAGUUGUCAUACCUCCCAAGUAGUAAUAAGAGGCUUGCAGCCGUUUAAGGAAAUCUUCUAAGGGGCCGUGCAUUGUUAACACACCCCCCAGCCCCGUUUCAUUCAGCAGUUAGGAACGAACAAAGUUGGAAUUUUUUUUGGUUGGGGGGUCAAUCUGCACUUGUUUGGAGGAGGUGAAUGAAGCCUUUGGUUCGGCUGUACAUCUCGGGAUCUCACGUGGCUGUUUACAAAGGUCAUCCGACUGUACAGACUACUCUGGUAACACUUGAUUUUUUUUGUUUUUUUUGAUAAUGCAAAGUUCUCGGUCCAGAUGAACUGGCCGUGGUGCUGAAAUGUGACGGGCAUACGGUACCGCUAUUUUCUAACUGCCUGCGGGCCGUGCGUGGCUCCACGGUGCCAGCUUCAAUCAGACGAUGCUUCCUACUGUUGCUAACAGGUCCUGACUGUUCGACUGAUUAAUGGAUAGAUUUUUUAUUUAAAUUUUGCAUGCACCUCGUAUUGAGAAGAUGUAUGGUUCGGAAGAUCCAUGUGCAUUCAGUUUUUGUGUGUUGUGAGUAAUUUCGAGCCAAUUGUCGCAAUUAAUUGAAAUGACUUUUUUAAAAUAUUAAAAUCGCAUCGUUUAUUUGGAAUGUUUAAUAAGUCUGCAUUCAAACCUUAACAGAGUGGGGUGGGGGGAGGGGGUGGGUCCUGUCUCUCCAUUAAUCUUGCUGUAACUGUUUUUCAAUCGUUAGAUGCCAAAGCGGCUGGGACUUUAACGCAUUGUGCCAUAGUUUUAAUGAUUUGAACCGAAGAUGUCUUUAGACUACACUUGCCUUUUAUCUACAACAGGGGAGAUAGAUUUGUUUUAGUUUCUGCUCGGUAAUACAAUGGUUUUGAUGUUUUUCGAUUUAAUUCGGAGCAGAAUAUGAUUUUUCAAUAUUUAUGCUGGCUCAGUGGUCAAGUCUUAAAGUCAAUACUUGUGUUUGAAUUCUAUUUGAUGUGGUUUUACAUUGGCACUUUUACACCUUUGGCACUUUGGUUAAAUCGCAGUGCUCCACGGAGCAUUGCUAGGUUUGUUGCAGCGUAUUGUUUAUUGGUUAAUGCGGGUAAGUAUUAGCGAUAUAGCGGCCUGAUCCAAUGAGGUAAGCGGGUUUACGAGCGGGCGCCCCUUCUGUGUAAACGGUUAUUCCCAACGUGUAAAGUGAGAGUUUGCUUCUGCUCUUACAGCAGUGGGAGAUAAUCAACACCUGUCAUCUCCGUCUGUCAAAUCUCGAAGGAACUGAGUUGUAAUUAAACAGAAUAAUGUUGCAGGAUUAGGGAGAAAGAUCGGAAGAGUGGGACUAAUGGCUAGCUCCCUCAGAGAGCAGGCACUUUCUGGGCUGAAUGGCCUCUUUCUGUACUGUAUGAUUCUGUGAUCCUAUCUCUGUGAUUGGCUUGGCAUGAAUCCGGAAAUCAAAACUGUUGUGUUAAAUAAAAACACAUACACUUUAAUUUCCCAUCUGAUUACUGUAAACAUUGUAUUUAGCAUCUAAACAUUAUUCAAAUUGUUUCAGUAUUUAUAAGCCACACCAUUUUUAUAUGAGAAAAAAGGUUUUCUUUAAAACUGCAAAUUGAGUCCAUGAUGUUGUAGUCAAAUGUAUUCACCUGGAAAAAUAUGAAUCGAUGUGUUGCUGAGAAGCUUGGCUUUGCAGCGUGCCUUAUAAACCAGUGAGAUCUGCAGCAUACCUGGCUCUCUCUGGAGUACAGAUGUUUGGCAGAUGUUUGGCUCACUAAUCUGUGAAGUGGAGGUCGAAAGGCGACAAGCUGUUGGUUGGUAGAUUGCAUGCAUUUUCUGUAACUGAGAGAUUUGCACUUUGAUUUUGUUCAUU